AUGUCUUUCUCUCAGCAAGACCACGACAUGACGCCUACACCGCAAUCACCUACCCCUAUCCUCACCAGCCUCCAGUUCCCGACCCACAGUCAUCAGACCACUCUGUGUAUCGGUGUGCUUGCGCACCUGGACCUGCUCUCGCGCGAGAUAACGCAGAUGCGCAACUUUAUCCACAUGGGAUACAACCGCCUCAACGACGCCAGCCCCGACGGCGGAGAGCUACUGGCAAAGGUCGAGAGUGCGCGGCUCGAGGCAAGGAUGCAUAAUAAGUUCCAUGUCACGGAACUUGUGGAGCCGUUUCAGAUACUGCCAAUGUCGAGUGGGGAGUAUCCUAAGGGUGUGCCGUGUCUUGGUGAGCAUCUGAAGUCGAUGAGUCGUGAGUGGUCUCCCCUUUUAUUUAUAGUUGAGGAUACGUCUUGGAGAGGAGCUGAAAGAGGUCUUGUGUGGGUGUUAGAUAAGGAAAUAGACUGGUUGCUUGAUCUUUAUGAGCUGCCGUUUGUGCCGAGUAUGUUCUUGGGCGAGAAGAAGAUCGUGUAUUUGAACUUCCUGGGAGCGAAUAGAGUUGUCAUGUAUCGUAUUUUGGAUUAG